AUGAUUCGAGUCGCUGACGAGGAGUAUCCGGCAAUGUCAUCUCCUCGUUAUUCAGAGAAGUCAUUGCACGAGCAACUCGAGCCAAUCGCCGUGGUUGGAAUGGCAUGUCGACUGCCUGGCGAGGUUGGAUCUGCGGGUGACUUUUGGGAUCUAAUGAUGAAAAAGAGAACCGGCCAUACUCCGCGAGUGCCCUCAUCCAGGUUCAACAUUGAUGCCCACUAUCACAAGAACAACAGUCGACCAGGUAGUUUCAACGUCUUGGGCGGCUACUUCCUUGAGGAAGAUCUCACAGGCUUUGACCCGGCUUUCUUCGGCAUCACCCCUAUCGAGGCUAGGUGGAUGGAUCCUCAACAGCGCAAAUUACUGGAGGUUGUCUAUGAAGCUCUCGAGGCUGGUGGCAUCACGCUUGAGGCCAUCUCAGGAACUUGUACUGGAGUAUACGCAGCCAGCUUUACCGCAGACUGGCAGCAGAUGGCCUUUCGUGAGCCCUCCUUUCGGCACAGCGUCGCCGCAACAGCCGUCGAUCCUGGCAUGAUCAGCAAUCGCAUCAGCCACGUCUUCAAUCUGAAAGGGCCUAGCAUGAUGUGUAACACUGCCUGUUCUUCGUCGCUGUAUGCUCUGCAUAAUGCUUGCAACGCGCUCCGCAAUGGCGAAUGCGAGGCGGCCAUUGUCGGCGGGACGAACAUGAUCAUCGCAGCAGAUCAGCACAUGAACACCGCAAAGAUCGGCGUGCUGUCUGCCACAUCGACUUGUCACACUUUUGACGACAGUGCUGACGGCUACGGACGCGCUGAGGCUGUCGGUGCGGUGUAUAUCAAACGGUUGAGCGAUGCCAUUCGUGAUGGUGAUCCCAUCAGGGGCGUGAUCAGGAGCAGCGCCGUCAAUGCUAAUGGUCGAACAACUGCUGUGAGCAUCAGCCAGCCCAGCUGUGAGGGUCAGGCUGCAGUGAUGAUGGAAGCCUAUCGGCGAGGGGGCAAUCUCGAUGCCCGUCUGACAGGCUAUGUCGAGUGUCACGGGACCGGCACACCAGUUGGCGACCCUCUCGAAGCAGAGGCGAUAUCUAUAGCGCUGAACACGAACCGGAACACAUGCGACGAGCCCCUGCUGAUCGGAUCCGUCAAGCCCAAUGUCGGCCACAGUGGGGCUGCUAGCGGACUCUCCUCUUUGAUCAAGGCUGUCUUGGCUGUUGAACGUGGUAUCAUCCCGCCAACUUAUGGCGUGGCCAAGCCAAGCAAGGCCAUCAAGUGGAACGAGUGGCAAGUGCGAGUACCGACAGAACCUCUGCCAUUCCCUGCUCAUCUUCCUGUCCGGCGGAUUUCGGUCAACGCUUCGGGAUAUGGUGGGACCAAUGCCCAUGUUAUUAUUGAAGGCGCCAACUCCGUCGUCCCUCAGCUGGGCGGUAGUACAGAGAGAUCUGCCAGCUAUACGUACUAUUGCCAGCAUCACACUGUCGGUAGUGAGAUAACAACACGGCAAUUUCUUGAUCCUAAGAGCACGACAGCAAAGAAGUGUACCCGGCACGUCAUCGACCAUGACCGCCCAUUUCUGUUGCCGUUUUCAGCACAUGAUACGGCGACCUUGCAGCGCAACAUUGCGGCUCACGCCAAAGUGCUAGACCGCUACAGCCUUCUUGAUCUCUCACAUACGCUCACUACGAGGCGGACCAACCUGGGAAGUAACGCGUAUCUAGUAGCUAGCCAGCGGACCCUGGGUGAGAUUCUCAGCUCCGAUUCUACGACUGCUACAGAGUCGUUUGUAUUCGGCGGUACAAAUCAGCCGUGCAGGAAAGUGGGCUUUGUGUUCACAGGUCAGGGAGCACAGUGGCCACGAAUGGGUGCCGAACUCAUCAAGUACAGCUCGGUGUUUGCUCGCUCGAUUCGAGCGCUGGACAACGUACUUCAAGGCCUGCGGGAUAGGCCCAGCUGGAAGCUCGAGGAAUUAUUACUCGAAGAAGCUUCCACUUCGCGUAUCGCUUCAGCAGAGUUCGCUCAGCCCCUUACGACCGCUGUACAAGUCGCGCUGGUCCAACUCCUAGAUGAUUGGGGCGUGCACCCCGCGGUCACUGUAGGACACUCUUCUGGGGAGAUCGCGGCAGCUUAUACCGCCGGGCUCCUCACGGCCAGAGAGGCCAUCACGGCUGCCUUCUAUCGCGGUCAAGUCGCCCGGGAUGUUCGCGCUAACGGCGCAAUGCUGGCGGUGGGCAUAGGCGCCGAGACCUUGACGGAGCAAUACCUCAGCAGUCCCCAGAUGAUGGAGGUCGAAGUAGCAUGCUACAAUUCCCCGACCAGCGUGACUCUCAGCGGUGAUAUGGACGCUAUCCAGGCCGUAAAGGGUCGGCUAGACGUCGACGGAGUCUUCACCCGUAUGGUCAGCACUGGUGGCAAGGCUUAUCACUCACGUCACAUGGCCGAUGUGGCUAGCAAGUACGAGGAACUCAUUAACCAAGCUAGAGCCGACUGGGCUCAUGUAUCGACCGCUGAUGAGGCGGGGUGGAUGAACUUCCAACGAGGAAGUGGCGUGUCUAUGAUAUCGUCCGUCACGAGUAGCCUGUUGGCCAAGGACACUGUUCUUGACGGGACAUACUGGAGCAAGAAUCUGCAAAGUCCGGUUCGCUUCGACCAGGCCAUCCAGAAGUUGUUAACCAUUGCGAAAUAUUCGGACGUCGACUUGAUGUUAGAGAUCGGGCCUCACUCGGCCUUGUCCGGCUUCAUCAGACAGAUCCAAACUCACGUGGGUCACAAAAAAGCUGAUUGUCUCCCGACAUUACUACGGAACGAAAACGGUGCUGUUAGGCUGCUCCAGGUAGCUGGCGAGCUCAUUCUGCGCAACUACAAAUCGCUAAACAGAGCCAAAAUCGUACGAGCAUAUAGUACUCAUGAUUGUCAGCCUAGCUCCUAUGGUCAGGGUCGAACGAUUGUCGAUCUCCCGCCAUACCAGUGGAACUACGAACGAAUUUUAUGGGCCGAGAGCCACCUAAGUCGCGAGCACCGGCAACCUGCUUUCCCUCGUCAUGAUCUCUUGGCCAGCAAAUUGUCGCCAACGUGGCGCAAUUUGCUGCGGCUCCAAGACCUCCCCUGGCUCAGGCAUCAUCGCCUAGGGGGAUACAUGUCAAUGGCCAUCGAAGCCCUGACGCAGAUGCAUGAGCUCGGAUACACUGCCACGGAAGGUGUGAUAGACGGUUACAUCUUGCGUGAUGUGAAAAUCCAUACCGCCCUUGCGGUCCCAGAAGCGGAAGACGGUGUCGAGGUGCGACUCAGCCUGUGGCCAGCAGCGGGCAGGACCGACAAUGGCUUUUUCGAAUUCAGUGUAUCGUCGACGAGCCAUGAUGUUUCCGUCGCCAGCAAUCAUCGCGGCAUAGUCUUGCAGCAUGUUACUGGCAGGAUUCGCCUCGUCACAAGAACAGGCAGUAACGAUAGAAGCUUUAGAAAAUCCCCUCGACGAAUCCCGGAUUUCCCGCAGCGAGCGAGCGGCCGAGCGUGGAACAAGGCGCUCCGCGAAGUUGGAUUUGACUACGGCCCGACAUUUCAGGACAUGAACGACAUCCGCUUCGAUGGUCAGCAACAUGCUGCUAGCUGCACGACUUCAAUCAAGCGAUGCGUGGAUAGAGAGCUUGGAGAGUCCCGCUAUGCCUUGCACCCCGCGUGUGUCGACUCCAUUCUGCAGUUAUGCAUAGCAGCCAUUCAUGCUGGCCGAACCCGCGCGAUGACUUCCGGAGUUGUGCCAAUAUACUUCGAAGAAAUAGCUCUCUACCCUCCCACAAAAUCUCAACUAGAAGCUGGGACUAGUUGUGGAUAUGCGUGGACCACAGAGCGAGGAGCUCGAUCGUUCAAAGUCAGUGCCCAGAUGACCGCCUCCGAUGGACAACUUGUCCUCGAUAUUGUCAAUGCAGGGACGACAAGCUACGAAGCCGCUCUGCCGCAAAAGAACAGCUCAGUUGACCCGCUGAACGGGAUCACACAGCCGUAUGGCGCAGUAACGUGGAACCUUGACCUCGACGCCCUGCUCGAAAGCCUGUCGGAAGACCAAGGGGACCAGAAGGGCGCGCGUCUUCUCAGUUCGGCCGUUCACCUAGCAGAGUUGGCACUGUUCAAGGAUCCAGGCUGUCAUAUUGUCGAAGUUGGUUUCCGGUUUGCACGUCACACUCUGGAGAGACAUCCGCUCGCCAAUUACACUGUACUCGUGGACGACGAGGCUGAGUCUGAAGCUGUACAGGCUCUUGAAGGAUUUCGUUUCGCCAACGUACACGUCGUAGAGAACGGGCCUCUGAGAUACGAUGCGCCAGCAAGUUCCCAGCAGCCUUUGAAUCCGCCCGGACUGAUUGUAGCCGACUCACUUUCAAGUAUUCCGCCAUCGCUGAUGGACAAUCUUGGUAGUCCGGGGGUCAUCGCUACGGCCGCAACAGAAGAGGCACGGCCGUCUGGGUUUGAUGUCAUUCAUCUUGAAAACCAGACGAUCUACCACACCAAAGCCCCGCACGCUUCAGGUCUCGCCGCGCCACAGUCCAAAACCGUUCUCCUCGUAUAUCGGAGCAUUAUCCCCCGAGUUUUCAGACUGACCCAACAUGUCCUCCGUGAACAAGGCUUCGUGGUUGAGACGUGCAGGCUUCUGGCAGCCCAUAAGGUCCUGCAUUCUAAAGACAUCGGGCAGGUCAUCUUACUCGCCGACCUCGAAGGCACAUCCUUGCUUCACACCAUGGUAGGGGCAGAAUUUUCUGCUGUACAGAAAAUCAUCACACUCAGUUCGUCUCUGCUCUGGGUCUCUGCAGGUGGCGCGAUUGUGUCUUGCAAGCCGGAGUUUGCUCUCGUCCAGGGGCUUGCCCGAUGCGCUAGGGCAGAGCUAUGUCCUCUCGACUUCAAAACGCUGGACCUACAUCCUGACCUCAGCGACGAAGUCAUGGUCAAGGGGAUCCUGCGCACAGCUAACCUGCAGCAGAAGCCUCUACACGCCGUCAUGAGCGAACCAGCUGACACAAGUAGCCGUCGUGAUCAGGAGUUUGCUGUCCACGACGACGGCAGGAUGUACAUCAGUCGUCUCAUCGGCAACAAGCAUGUGAACAAUGCCUGUGCCAGCGCACCAGAGCCCGAAACCACACUUCUGACAAUCAAAGACCGCAGAUUAAGUGGUAAAUUGGUGUCACAAGGAGAACUCAAGUUCGUGGACUGUUCCCAUGACCAAGAUGCCACUCAGCCGAUCCGACCAGACCAUGUGGAAGUCCACGUGCAUAUCAGCGGUCUCUCAAGGGAAGGAGUCCUAGCUAUCAACGGGUCUACUUAUGCCAGCAAGUUCAGCUAUGAAAUGGGCGGCGUCGUCGUCGGAGUUGGUUCUGAUGUGGAGGGGUUUAGGCCAGGUGACACAGUCGUUGGGUUCAGCGCCGCGAAAUUCUCGACGUUUCAGCAAACACAUACGAGUCUCGUCCACAAGGUUGAAAACGGCACAGAAAGCAAGAUGCAAGGACUCGUGGCAUCUCUACUGCCGUUCGCUAAUGCCAUCUAUGGCCUCGAAGAGCUAGGCCGGAUCGAGGCCGAAGAUGUCGUCCUGAUUCUGGACAACACCGGGCCGAGUGGUGCUGCUGCAGUCCGUGUAGCACUCCAGCACGGUGCCCGGCCCAUAGUCCUGCAGAGCCUUGACACAGAAGACCUUCCUUCAGACAUUGCUGUACGGGAUCCCAGAUGUAUCAUCAAGUACCAUGCAUCCGAACAGCUCGAGAGCAUCUUUCAGCGCCUCACGGAGCUCACCAACGGCCACGGCGCAGAUAUCGUCUUCAGUGGUGGCAGCAGUGUCAACACGGGCAUGGCCGCCGAGGCAUGGCGGCAGAUUGCACCCUCCGGCCGCUUCAUCGACUCUGGAACAAAGGAUAUUUCGACGCACGCUGGUCUUGACACAACGCCGUUCAACCGUGGCGCGAUUUACGCCCCGUUUGAUCUGAUUGAGUUGUACCAUGCGCGGAAAGAGAUCAUCGCGAGCUUGUUGCCUCGAGUGCUCGCAUCAGCCAACCGCAGUAUGAGCGAAAUCUCACAGAACAAGGGGCUACCUUUCCCGAUUCGCGUAGUUGAUGUCGCAGACAUCAACCACGCUGUGGCCUCGCACUCGGAAAGCCACGGCACACCGAAGACUGUUGUUCGCUACCGGUCGCCACAGAAGCCGCUGCAGAUCAUCCCAUGUGCUACUCGCCCUCGCGUAUCUUUCAGCCAUGACGCCUCCUACCUGCUUGUUGGCUGUCUCGGCGGACUGGGACGCAGCCUCACUACGUGGAUGAUGCAGAGGGGUGCUCGACGGUUUGUCUUUCUCUCUCGAACGGGGGCACGCAGCCCUGCUGCUGGGAGGCUUAUCCGAGAUAUUGAAGCCCUGGGGUCAUCUGCGACUGUAGUUCGAGGAGAUGUCACGGUCUACGCAGACGUUGAGGCUGCAGUGAAGCUCGUCCCUUCUGAACAUCCGAUUCGUGGUGUCAUCCAUGCAGCAAUGGUGCUAAGAGAUGUCCUGUUCCAAUCAAUGACUUUCACAGAUUGGCAGACUGCAGUGGCGCCCAAGAUAGAUGGCGUCUUGAAUCUGCAGUCCGUGCUUUCCAAGGCCCCAAACUCUGCGCAGCUUGACUUUUUUCUCAUGACGAGCUCAAUAUCUGGUCUCUUGGGCAUGCCAGGACAGAGCAACUACGCUGCUGCUAACGGCUUCCUUGAUGCCCUAGCCAGGCGCGGAUCGCACGAAGCUAUUGACCGCACUCACGAUAAACAGAGACCAAGAGCAGCACGAGCGCCCGUCUCGAUCAUCCUGCCUAUGGUUCUCGGUAUCGGUGUGGUAGCCGAGAACACGAAGCUUGAGCAAUUGCUGACGCGCACGGGGGUGUAUGGUAUUGAUGAGGAGCAGCUUCUCGAGGCGUUCGAGGUCGCACUGAGCUCUGGAGCUAACCAAAUAAUCCCUGGGCUCGAUCCCGCCAGACUCCGUCACUGUCUCGACGAAGUGGGCGAGGAUGUAUUCUGGCAGCAUGAUGCCCGCUUCAGUAGCAUCAUGCACACUAUCCACUGUGCACAUGCUCUGGGCACUGGCUCCAAAGCGCUGGCAGACAGUCAUUCUAGGCUGACCAUACUUGAGACCAUCCGUGGGGCGCAGUCGCUUUUAGAAUCUGUGCUGACUGUCAAGGAACACUUCGCCGCCAAACUGUCACGUUUGCUCGAGCUAGACGUGCGAGUUAUUGACACUCAAACUUCAUAUGGUUUGGACAGCAUGAUCGGCGCAGAGCUGCGCAAGUGGAUCUUUAACGAGUACGGACUAGACUUCCCAUUCCAGCAGCUCCUAGCUCCGACCUUGACGAUCGAUAAGUUUGCAUUGCAAAGGGGAGGUCGCCAGGGAUCCGUACUUUGA